ACUCUCCCGACCCUGCACCACAAACACAACAGGAGUUAGACUGAACCUCUUUCCCAAACUCAGAUCUGAAAUCGCUGAGUCACAGAAGACAGAAUGCAGGAAACAUUGGGCUGUGCUGGAAGCUUGGAAGGACACCAUGGAGGAAGGUCAGGAUUUUUCUCUCCAUGGGAAAGCGGUUGUCAAUGAUGCUAAUCUGAGAGAUGAGUACUACUGGAAGCUUGUCGCAGACUUCAUUGGUCCUGAAACUGGAGAGGGACUUGACCUGAAUAAGGGUCCAUGUAGGAACAGACUUAUGAUUCAAGUUGGACUUAUGAGGGAGGACAAUAAUUUUCCCUGGCUCGCUAUCGUAGAAUGGCUAAAGAAGAUCUUCCCCGGUCAUCAGUCAGCUGACUUCCGGUGUUUGAUCGAAAGAGGCAUUGCAACAACUCUGAGCCUGGGCACCGAUGCAAGGUUUACCUUCCUGGAUUCAGAAGUCAACUUCAACUUUGUCGGCCCAAUAUGUGACAGUAUUGGAGUGGAGCGCCCGCAUCUUCUGGAGCUGAGGGAUUUCUCAGAGCGCGCGAGAUCAAUCGAAGUCACAAACGGACUGAUUGUCGAAUUGAGCAACUUCGUUGCCAGGGAGAAAAUUUCCCCAGUCGUCAUCGUUACCUGGCUAAGAAACUUUAAUCCGGAGUACUGCAAGAACGGAGGAAUCCAGAAAGCAUAUAAACUCCUUAGGGCCAAGAUAAAGAAGUUAAAGAUUUACUGUCGCAACUAUGAAACAAGGAGUCACAGGAAAAACGCGGCCAUUGAAAAAGUGCUUCAGAGUCCGUUUGAACUGGUUCGAAAGAAAUCGCCUAAACUGUUGGCGAAGAAACGAAGGAGAGAUGAUUAUGAAAGGGUUAUAAUCAAAGAAGAAGAGGAAUGCAUGGAAAUCUCACAAGAGGAAGUUCCUGAGAUACGCAGGGAGGUUGUAGGAAACACAAUCCAAAGAGCGAAUGCUAACGAAGGGGAUGAGGAGGAUCGAAACGCAUCCAGCCGUCAGGAGGACUGCUCGACUGACUGCAGAGAAUCACUGACCCUGCUGGACAUCGCCAUGCUGUCCGUCCAGAAGCUGUCGAGUGUUUACGGCGGGAAAACUGAAGCCUGUAAAAGUGUUUCCUUGGAUCUGCUCAAGAAUCACUACGCCCUGACCUACAAAGAGCAUCCAGCCAUGGAAGAGUUUGAAAAAAAAGUGAGCGGUGUGCGGAAAGAAACUUCCCUCGUGCCUCCGGUGGUGUUUUUAAACUACAAUGCUAAUUUCCUUGUUGAUCUGCACGAUGCUGUGGAAGCGCAGAUCAUGAGUUUUGAAAAGGAGAUCAUUCUGUCCACAGGAGUGAAACUGGGUCGUGAUAAUCUCCCAAAAUUCAAGAACUUUGUCAAUUUGCCAGAAAGCGCCACUUCGCGUUACAUCCAUAUGGCCUGUGAUAUCCUAAGCCCAAUCAGGCCGGAAAAGCCAAACUACCGAAAGCACUGGGUGGCGUUUUGUGAGGAGAAAGGAAACCCCUCCAGACUCACUGUGAACCAGUCAAACAGGUUGAAUAACUACUUUGAAGCAGCAGCGGGUCUUAUCCACCAUCACAAAGAGACCGCACUCUUCUUCGCUGAUCUGUUGUCAAUUGCCAACGACCCAUGUCCGAACAUCAUCCUGGAGAGUGUGGCUGCAGACGCAAACGACUCCAUGAUCCAGAGUUUUGUGUGUGUUGUGGCCAUAAUUUACUGCAAGAUCCUCGGCCCCUACUGGCAGCUUCUGAAGAGCGGAGGAGAGUACACUCUCUUUAGUCAGUUCCUGCUCUGUCUCUACCAAAGGUUCCUCGAUUGGUCCAAAGAUCCUUCAACUCUGCUGGAACCGGAGGAAGUCAGUAAUGUCUUUCUGCAGUUCCCACUGCAAGAGAAAACCUUUGCUGGGGUGUUUCACUUCUGCGGCCACUGGCACACAAACCGAGACUUGAUCCGAGCUUGUCUGAAGAGGACCAUAAAGGUGAUCGCUGCCGUCACUGAGGAACAUCUGAAGAGUUUUCUACCUGGAGGAAUGUUUUCCCGAACCCCUUCCACUGAUGUGUGCUUGCAGUUGGUCAGCUGCACGUUCUCCGUCUUGAUGGCAGAGUAUCCCUUCGGCCACGCAUAUCCAUACAAGAAGAAAAGACCUGACAAACUGUCCAAGAAUUCUUCAAAGAGCUUGUUGGACAGCUCCCAGGAAGAUGAAGGCAUUUCUGGUAACAGCUCUGAUGAAGCAUCAGUGGGUAGAAACAGUUCCCAGAUCGGCCAAAUACAGGAGCACAGUCUUCAGAUGAGAAAAGGUUACAGAAGAUUCCAUGAGGAAGAGCAGGAGGAGAACAUGGAUAAGGACUACAUUACCGCCACAGUGACCAGAAACGGAGGUCCGUGCAGGACCCAGCAGGACGUUGAUAAAAUGCUGCUGCGCUUCGAUGGGAAGCCGCGAACUGAGAAACGGGAGGCGAUUCGCUGCGAGAUGCUUUACCAGAAAAUGGUUCUGAACAACACUGAUCCACACCUGGAUCAACACUGCCUCAACACCACCCAGAUGGUGCUGAAGCUGAAGCUUGCUCUACCUCGUGUCAAGCCUGGAUACUCACUGGUGCUGGCACCCAGGAAGACUAAGCCAAAACCUUUGAUCCAGCACGCUCCAGAAGACUCAGCUGUCCAAAGUGCCGACGGCCCCCUGUUGGCGUCCAGUAAAGGAAAUCCCGACACUUUGUCCAUGGAUGUCGGGAGCACAAACUGAGCAGAAACGCUCCCAAACACUUCAGAUUGUGCAUUAUAUCGUCUUGUGUUGAACAUGUGACAUUUCUGAACAAUAACUGAAAGUUUUAGUUUUAUUCUGUGGUCUUCAUUUGAUGCCGCUCCAUGGUUGGCGUGGAACCCCUCUGCAGGCAUUUCAGGAAAGGAAAUUUUAAAUGUGGAAUUGUUCCCAACUUUGAGCUCGUCAUGUUCUCCCGUGUCAAAAUAAAUAUCUUUAAAGAUU